AUAUUAAAAGUAAGGUUGUAAAUUUAAAAAUUAAUUGUUCUAUUCAUUAUUUAGAUUAUAUAAAUUGUGUACCAAUUUUCAAAAUUUAAGAAAAAUUUAAACUUUUUUCUUCAUUACUGUUGUGUAAAUAAAAAUAAACAAUUUACAUUAUAAUUGAAUAGUUAGGUUAUACCAAUUAUUUUUUUAUAUCAUGUAAUUUAUUUUUAAAUAUAUUUCACAAUCAGUAUACUUAUACCAGAAUACCUACAAUGGGACUGGUAGGAUCACACUUGUCUCGCAAAAUUAGAAGAUUCAAUGUAAUUGAUCGAACAGAACGUAUCAUUAAUAAAGAAAAACCUAUUCCUGCUCCUCUUCAUAAAACUGAUGUUGAGCGACUAAAAAAAAUGAUGCAGGAUGAUCCUCAGAUGAAAGAAGAAGUGAUCAAUAAAAAUUCCUUACUUGAAAAAAAUUUGAAAGAUGUUUAUGUUAAUUCAACAGGUGAUCAUCCUGAUAAUUAUGUGAAAACCAAAGCUAAGUUACCACAAAAUAGAGAACAAGUUUUUUCUUAUGGAUUUUUUAUGAAAGAACCUUCUGAAGUACCUGAAGGGCGUUAUACUUUAUCACAAAUUGUUGAAUGUAUAUCAGAUCAUCAUAAAGAUAAAAAACAAUUUACUGCUGAAAUAUUAGCUAAAAAACUCAAAAUAGACGUGAAAGUUAUGGAAAAUAUACUCAAUUACUAUCGUGUGUUUGAUAUGUAUAUACCACAAAAUAUGCGUGACAAGCCAAAAUCAAAAGCUCAACAAUUUAUUUCAAGUACAUUUGAUGGAAUAAAGAAAGAUUUGAUGCAUGAUAAAAAUGAAAAGCAAUAUAAAUACCUAGAAAAAUGACUUUUUAUUUGUUAGGAUUAUAAUAUUAGUAUGAAAAUAAAUUGUUUUUAUUAUUGUUUGCAAUCA